GGCUAACCUGCGGUGUCGUCAAUUUUGUUGACAUAUUUUAAUUAUAAAAAAUAUCGGCUGCCCUGUAACCUAUACAAUUCGGGGGUCGUGUAAUAAGUAGAAACUUUUUGGCGUAAUCAGUAUAAUGCUCCGCCGUGCUUGUCAUUUUAUUGACCUAGGUAAAUCAUUCUGUAGUAGUGUCAGUGUAAACAAAGGUUCAUUGGCUAAAUUGAGGAAAUCAACCGGCUACACAUUUGCUAACUGCAAAAAAGCGUUGCAGUUGCACAACAAUGAUAUAACACAGGCAGAGAAGUGGCUGCGAGAGCAAGCCCAGCAGAUGGGCUGGGCCAAGGCCACAAAACUAGAAGGACGGCCAACCCUGCAUGGCUUGGUCGCAGUGUGUGUCGACCGCGCCACUGGUAUCAUGGUCGAAGUGAACUCUGAAACAGAUUUCGUGGCUCGGAAUAAUAAUUUCCACUCAUUGGUCGAGACUGUGGCCAGCACGUGCUUCCACUUCAUGGAUAAGAAAGAUUUUGACCUGCCAUUGGCCAAGUUCCAGCUGGGCCAGGAGGAGCUGAAGGGCCUGGUGGCGGGGGACGGCAGGCCGCUGGCGGACCACCUGGCCCUGGCGAUGGGGCAGCUGGGGGAGAACCUGACGGUGCGGCGCGCGGCGUGCCUGCGCGCGGGGCCGGGCGCGGAGCUGGUGGGGCACGCCCACCCCUCGCACCCCUCCCAGCCCUCGCAGGCCGGCGCGGUGCUGCGCGGCAAGUACGCUGCCCUCGUGGCCCUGCAGGGAAGCUCGCCGGCCCUCCGGCAGCUCGGCAGGCAGCUGUGCCAGCACGUCGUGGGGAUGAACCCGGCGAAGUUCGGGGAGCCGGGCGUGGACGAGCCGGCGGCCGACCCCGACGAGGAGCGGUGCAUGAUCCACCAGGAGUUCCUGCUCGAUCCUUCCAUCACGGUGGGGCAGCUGCUGGCCGUCAACGGUGCCUCCGUGCUGGGCUUCGAGAGGUUCGAGUGUGGGGAGGCGCUCGGUAGCAGCUCCGUCGAGCCACCGGUGAACCUCCAUGCCCAGAUCGGAGGCUAGUCACCCUGAAGUCAUUCCGCGAGGAAUAGUUUUCUUGUCCGCAGGUCACUAAAGUGACGAAACUGAAGCAUUUGUCACGAAAAAGUCCCAAAAUAUACAGUAAUUUCCAGACGCC